AAAUGUAAAAGCUGCGGACUGCUGUUUAUUUCCUUAGCGAACUUUCAGAGACAUAUGAGAAUACACGGUGGGCCCGCACCUUGUAAAUCUAAGGCGUGUGGAGAAGCCAUUAAAUCCCACAGUUCACUUCAGACACACGAAAAAGCGCACAUUCAGGAUAAAACCUGUCAACCUGGGCAAGAUGCAGGCACUGCCAAAGCUUCUCAAGCCGGAGAAAGUGUUCAGACUGGGGAUAGCCGUUAUAAAUGUGAGGCGUGUGAGGAAGCCUUCAAUUGUUCAAGUUCUUUGCAAAGACAUUUAAGGACUCAUACCAAAGAAAGACCCUAUAAGUGCAAAACAUGUGAUAAAGCCUUUGGUUGUCUAAGCUCUCUUCGGAUCCAUGUAAAAACCCAUGACAGAGAGGAUGCAUAUCGCGAGUGUAGCGAGUGUGGGAAAGCCUUCCUCUCUCUCUCCACGUUUCAGCGGCACAUGAUAACUCACACUGCGAAUGGGCCUUAUAAGUGUAAGGAGUGCGGGAAGGCAUUCAUUAGUCAAGUUUCACUUCAAGUGCACGAAAAACUGCACAGUGCAGAAAAUCCCUAUGAGUGUAAACACUGUGGCAAAACCCUAAGCAGCCCAAAUUCCCUUCAAAGACAUGAAAGAACUCACACUGGAGAGAGGCCCUAUGAGUGUAAGGAGUGCGGGAAAUCUUUCAAUUGUCCCAGUUCCUUCCAACGGCACGAAAAAACUCACACUGGAGAGAAACCCUUUGAGUGUCAAAAGUGUGGUAAAACCUUCACCCGCUCCACCUACCUUCAGAUGCACGUUAAGAUUCACAGCGGCGAGAAGCCCUACGUGUGUAAAGUGUGUGGGAAAGCGUUCACGAGCUCCAGUUCCAUUCGCGUACACAAGAGGACUCACACUGGGGAGAGGCCCUACACAUGUGAGGAGUGUGGGAGAGCCUUCAGCUGCCCCAGUGCCUUCCAAAGGCACAAGAUUAUCCACACUGGGGAGAGGCCCUACGAGUGCACCAAGUGUGGGAAAGCCUUCAACCGUUCCAGCUCCUUCCAGAGGCACCAAAGGACCCACACUGGCGAGAAACCCUACGAGUGCGAAGAGUGUGGCAAAGUCUUCACCAGUUACAGCUCCAUCCGCAUCCAUAAAAGAACGCACACUGGCGAGAAACCCUACGUGUGCGCAGAGUGUGGGAAAGCCUUCAGUUGCCCCAGUACCUUUCACAAACACGAGAGGACCCACAGCGGAGAAAAACCCUAUCAGUGCACGCAGUGUGGGAAAACCUUUAGUCGCUCCAGGAACUAUCAGUCACACAUGAGGUCUCACAAGGAGAAACUUGACUGAGUAGCAACUUCUUUGUGAUGGUUUCCUUCAAAAAA